AUCUUCCUCCCGGAAGGAACUGAUGACAGCAUGGAGAACAGCCACACUUUCCUGUACUUUGCCUAUGGUAGCAACCUGCUGAAGGAAAGGCUUCAGCUGAAGAACCCCUCAGCGAUGAUACACUGUGUGGGUAGCCUCAAGGACUAUAAGUUGGUGUUUGGGAACCAUAAGGGCCUUGCCAGUGACCGGUGGCAUGGGGGUGUGGCGACCGUAGAGCACAGCCCAUGUGAUGAGGUGUGGGGGGUGGUGUGGAGGAUGAAUAUGUCUGACCUGGAGUCCCUAGACAGUCAAGAAAAUGUGAGGUUAGGUGCAUACAGUCCUGUGGAGGUAUCUGUGAAGACACAAGACCAGGAGCUCUACUGUCGUACCUAUAUAAUGAACAGCUGUGUGUAUGCCCCACCAUCUCCACAGUACCUGAAGGUCAUUGUGAUGGGAGCAGAGCAGAAUGGCUUGCCAAAGGACUACCAGGACAAGCUGAGAGCGAUCAAGACCAACAAGUAUGAGGGCCCUCUGCCUAUGAUGACUGAGCUGGAACGAGCCCUGAGGAGAGCGAAAGAGAGAGCCAGUCAUUGUAGGGUUGCCAGAUGGGGCUAUCUGGUAUUCCAGGACCCAGCCAAGUCUUGGCAAAACGUAAGACAGCUUAAGAAACGUAAGAGAGCUCCUGAUACCCUGCUGGAAGCCAAUGCGGGCACAGAUGUUGCCCAGCUAACAAUCAACACCUGUACACUGGCCAGCAGAAUGCCCAGCAGACAAGACCCAUGCAACUGUGGUCGCAGCCAGCCGGUCGCAGUCAGUCUUUAA